UAAUAGAUUAUCACGGGGUCAAAGUCCAAUGCCAUUUCAGUAAUAAGUAAUAAACUUAAUUAUAUUUCAGUCUCCAGUUCGAUUCUCCUAUAAUUAGGCUCUUAGAAAAAGUGAAAAUACGUGUAAAUUAAAUAAACAUAUUUGGAUUAACUAUGGUAGAAGAACCUAUAAUUUCUGUAAAAGAAGGUAAAUUGUGUGGAUUAAUAUCCGAAGAUGCCAGAGGAAAUAAGUUUUAUAGUUUUCUUGGUAUACCAUACGCAAAACCUCCCAUUGGACCACUCAGAUUUAAGGCACCUCUACCUAUAGACCCAUGGGAGGGAGUUUUCAAUGCCAUAGAUGAUGGUAAUCUUUGUGUUCAAGAAGACCCACUAACUAAAACCAUGCAAGGAAGUGAGGAUUGUCUCAAUUUAAAUGUUUACACACCCUGUCUACAGUCAUCAUCAGAUACUUUGAACCCACCUCUAAAACCUGUUAUGGUAUAUAUACAUGGUGGCAGUUUUUUGGCUGGAUCAAACUUAAAAUCACUGCAUGGUCCAGAAUUUUUGGUAGCCGAAGAUAUAGUUGUCGUUUCUAUUAACUAUAGAUUAGGAAUCUUCGGAUUUUUAAGCCUAGAAGAUCACAAACUAAACAUUCCAGGAAACGCUGCACUUAAAGAUAUGGUGCUAGCAUUAAAAUGGGUACAAAGAAACAUACGGUGCUUUAUGGGUGAUCCAAAAAACGUGACCAUUUUUGGAAAUAGCGCAGGCGCAGCUGCAGUUCAUUUUUUAGUGCUUUCACCCUUGGCUAAAGGAUUAUUUCAUAAGGCAUUAUGUCAAAGCGGUUCAGCUCUAAGUAGUUGGGCUUAUGGUAUAAGAAACGGCAAGGUUAUAGGAAGAGCUAUGGGUUUAGAAGAAAAAAGUGAAGAAGAGGUACUUGCAUAUCUCAUGGAGGCAUCUUCAGAAGAGAUUUUUGAAGCUCAAUGUAAAAUUAAUAGUGAGACAGUACAAGGAAACAGAACAAGAUUCAUAGGUGUUGUUGUCGAACCAAAGUCGUGUAAAUGUGAAAAAUUAUUUUCAACUCACCCCGUAAAGAUUCUUCAGUCUGGAAAGUACAACAAGGUACCAAUAUUAAUGGGAUACAAUUCAGGAGACGGAAUGAUUGUAGACGCUAUGGUAGCACCAGAAUUGAAUUACGUAUAUUGGACAGACAAGGAAUUUAAUGUCCCAGGUUUGUUACAACUGAAGAAGGGUAGCACACUAUCCAAACAACUAGGCGAAGAGAUUAUAAAAUUUUAUUUUGGAAAUGGAGAUAUCAGCAGAGACACCCACUUACAAGAAUUCUACGAUGUUAGUAAGAUAACAACUGAUAAUUCUUUUUUAAGAGGAAUAUAUGCAUCAGUAAAAAUUCACAGAAACACAUCAAAAGUACCCAUCUAUAUGUACAGGUUGUCUCUUGAAUCAGAACUCAAUUUUUAUAAGAAAAUUUUAGGCAUUGAACUCCCUGGUGUAUGCCAUGCUGACGAACUUGGAUACCUCUUCAGGACAAUUUUAACUGAAAUUCCUAGCCCAGGAAGUAUAGAAGACGUAGCUCAACGAAGAAUGACAAGACUAUGGACUAAUUUUGCCAAAUAUGGUAACCCUACACCUUAUUUGGAUCCUUCCGUAGGUCUGAUUUGGCCUAGAGUGAUGGACGCCAAUAGAAUUCCUUUUUUAGAUAUUGGGCAAAAUCUAAGGAUUGAUGAAAACCCAGAAGACAACAGAAUGAAAUUUUGGGAUAAGAUAUAUGCCAAAGGGAAAUUAUGUUCUAAAUUAUAGAAAAAUGUAUUUUUCCAAACA